AAUAGUGUGUACUUGGAUAUGACAGUACUUUUUCAUAAUUGUUAAUCCAUACAUGUUUAAGUGAAUUUUAUCCUUAGAACAUUUUUUUUUUUUCGGAGUCAAGUAUAAUUUGUAACUAUUUUUAAUUAUGGCUUACUUAUAUCAACCUGAUUAUGUUCGUUAUAUGUGUAAUUGUGGUUCUUUAAAGCCUAUUUCAAAAAUAUAUUUUUGUCGGCAUUGUUUAAAGAUUCGAUGUGGUUACUGUGUCUGUCAAGAGGUUGAUUUAUAUUACUGUCCAAAUUGUAUGGAAAAUUUACCCUCGUCAGAAGUUCGCCUCAAGAAAAACAAAUGCUCAAACUGCUUUAAUUGUCCUAAUUGUUUUCAAAUGUUGUCUACGAGAGCGGGACAUGUCCCAUUAAAACCGACAACGAAGGAAGGCGAAGAUUCAAAAGAUGUUAAAGUUGUACCUAAAAAGGUUUAUUAUUUAUCUUGUUCUUUUUGUCGAUGGAGUUCUAGAGAUGUUGGUAUUUCAGAUCAGACUAUGGCUUCUGCAAGAUGGCCAGAACAAGAAAAUCCUCAUACUAGAAGAAUUAAUGCCUUAAUAGAUUAUCAUAAGAUAUUGACAUCUAUAGAAAAACGACAACGAGAAAGGAAAAAGUUCCAACCUAAACGUUCAUUCACACAAUUUGAAUCAUUUGGACUAACAUCUGCUAUGAUACAUAAAUGUAUUGUUCAGUCAAGAAAACCUCAGAUUCAAUUGCAAUUGUCCGAUCAACCAACUCCUUCUAUCGCUUCAGAAGAUGUGGAAGAAUUACCAUUAGAAAUAUUUACUGAGCCGAUAGAUAUUAUGAAAAUUAGUACUCUAGAGCAACGUUUGCAACACCCUGACAUACAAGCAGAGUAUGUAAAUGAACUAAGACCGCAACGUAGACAAUUUUUAGUUAAGAGAUCACAACGUUGUAGAGUUUGUGAGCAUAAUCUUAGUAAACCUGAUAUAUGUCCACAGUCUACAAAAUUUAAAAUUCAAUUAGCUGCAUUUUAUCAUAUACCAGAAGUAAAGAUUGUUACUUGUGAACCAUUAUAUCCUGGUAAACCUAGUGAAUUAUUUUUGAAGUUUUGCAAUCCAACACGACAUCCAACACAAAUAACUUUAUUUCCAUUGGAUGUAUCAAUGGCACCUAUUCCUAUUGUUGAUGUUACAGAAAAAGGAGAAGUUAAAAAAGAUGAUGUGCAAGUGAUAAAUGAAUCUCUAAACUCAAUGCCUUCUGCUGUACGCCAAGGACCUAUUAUAGAGGAAGUUAAAGCAAUUAAAGUUGUCCCAAAUGCAGAUCUAGUAUUGCCUCAUAGUUCUUUAAUUUUGCCAGCUAGAGAUGAUGCUGCGGAAUAUGAUGACACAGCUGAUACUCACAAUUUUCAAGAUGAUCCAAAGCUUGUAGUUUGGAGAAAAGGAAACAAAGCAAUAGUGAGACUUAAUGUUACACCAUUUGAAAAUGAUGAAAUAAAAGAAGAAUCAGUUAUAGUAGGUUUUGUCAUGCAACAUGGAUAUGUAAAUACAAUUACUGCUUUAGAACAUAAAGCACCACAAAAAUUGGAUUUAAAAGUUAAAUUAUAUUUAACUCUUGGGAAACUCUGUGGUACUACAUAGAAAUUAUUUAUACUGUAUUUUAUAAAUAUAUAUAUUUAAAGAUAUACUAAUUUAUUUGCUAACAAAUGCUUAUAAUUGAUUCUUUAUAUAUAAGUUAUUAAUUUUAUAUGUAUUAAAAUAGUAACUCUUACGUUUAAAUAAUAAAUAAUAAAAUGAUUU